UGGCAAAACGAAAGAAUCAGAACGGAAAAAGUGUGUCAGCGAAAUCCACGAACUGAUGAAAGGAAAAGUGAAAGAAUUGAUCUUUGCGCAUGACACAUGUCGAGUUGUGGAAUGCCUGUUCGCCUGCGCAGGGGCUGACAUACGCACAGCACUGUUCGAGGAGCUCACACCAGAGAUCGUUCGCAUGGCAAAAUCGAAAUACGCGCGAUUCUUUCGUCAAAUUAUAUUUAAUGCAUUUUGCGGGCACUGUGUUUCGCUGCUGAGGAUUGCACCCGCAUCAGCGAUCCUGGAAGCGGCAUACAACGACUAUGCAAACGCAUUGCAACGCUUCAAUAUUAUCAUAGAGUUCUAUGGCGCCGAUUUUCCUCUUUUUAAGGUUAGCAAUCCCCCUAAAAUUGAGGAGAAAUUUUGUUUGUUGACAAGGUUUGUAUUUUAGCU